CCGUGAAACUGAAAAAAAUAUAUCUUUUUAGUUCCCUUGUUUUGCGAUAAUCCCAAUUCUCUAAAAAAAAAAAAAAAACACUAUUUGAUUCGAAAGAGAAAUGAGCUACGAGAAAGUUCCACCGGAAUCGUAUCCUCCACCAGGAUACCAAUCUCACUAUCCGCCUCCUGGUUAUCCAUCGGCGCCGCCGCCGCCGCCGGGAUAUCCUCCGCCGCAUCACGAAGGAUAUCCUCCACCUCAGGCUCACGGGUAUCCACCGUACCCGCCACCGCGUCCUUACGAAGGCUGUUAUCAAGGCUACUUCGCCGGUAACUAUCCUCCUCCGCCGCCGCCGCCGCAACACUGCAACCACUACCAGCACGAUCAUCACCAUUACCAGGAUUCAAACUCUGACGGCUCCUCUUUCCUCCGUGGCUGUCUUGCUGCUAUGUGCUGUUGCUGUCUGUUGGAGGAAUGCUUCUGAGAAUGCCCUUCCUUCUCCCCGGAUCAUCUCUUGUUACUAUCGUCAUUUACAGUCACAUUGUAUGUUUAAAUCAAAUCCAAUACAUGCCAUAACUUCUCUAUGUCUUUAUAUACUGUGAAUGUUUCUUUGUCUGUUAAUCAUGUACCUCUUUGUUUGAGAGUGGACUAAAUCCACAACAUGUAUCAGAACUCAGAAGAAUCCUAUGUAUGUUCUUUGUAAUUUGUCUGAAUUAUUUGAAAAUAUAUACUCAGCUUGAUA